AUGUCAACGAUGAAGCUGAGAUCCAGGAGUAGAGAAAGACGGGAGAGCCAGAAAGAUGAAGAGGUGAAGUUUGAGGGAACUGAAAUGAUUCCGAAGUCAGGAAAAUCUCCAGCAGACUCAAGAAAAACUGUCGGCAUCCAGGAGUUUGCAGCGCUUGCCAGAUCCUCUUUUAAUGGUAUCUCUCAGGCAGUGAGGGACCAUGUGACGAAGCCCACCUCGCUGGCUCAGGGCCGUGUUGCCCACCUUAUAGAAUGGAAAGGUUGGCCCAAACCUGCGGACACUCCACCGGCUGCCCACUCCCACUUCAGCUCCUACUGCCAUCUGACUGAAGGAGAGAAGGAGGCUCGGUUCGCUGCAGGAGUGGCUGAGCAGUUUGCCAUCGCUGAGGCCAAGCUGCGUGCCUGGGCAUCGAUGGAUGAUGACGACGAGGAAGACUCCAACGAUGAAGACUGUCACACCAACGGACGGAUUCACACCUCCAGCCAGAGCUCAGACAUCACCACGUCCGUUUCCGGAACGCCAAGCCAGCCUGAAGUAGACAGCAGUGAGUCUCCAUCCUCCAGCUGUCCCCUGAGCUCCAGCGGCAGCGGCGGCAGCCUGCUCUGUGGUCAACCCGCUUCUCACAAUGACCCACAUUCAUCCCAGACCAAUUCACCUACUUUACCCAGCGACUGCAUGAGUCCGUUCCUGGAGGAGGAAGAGGAGGAGGAGGAGGAGGAGAGGCCUGGUGGUCACAAGGCGCAGCCGGCUCCUUUGCAGGAGCAACACAGUGAGGUUUGCAUCCACCAGAAACCAGAGUGGAGGCCUCGAGCGAGAAGCAGCAGGUUCGACUCCUGCUACUCCACCUCUCACUCUGAAUCUCCCGGAGAGGAGGAUGAUGAGGAUGAGGAGGAGGAAGGCAGCGUGUUUCAUGAGGUUCCUGUGUGGCACUGCAGCCCGGGAACCUUCUUCUCUGAUCGGGCUUCCUCUGGCGUGGCGUCAUUCGAUGAGGAGGAGGAGGAAAGGGAUGGAAUAGAAGAGAAGAAAGAGGAUAAAGAGUAUUUGAUGUGA